UUAUUUUUUUUUUGUAAUGAAGUUUUGCAACAGACAUCUUUCUAUACAUAGACCACAGCCUGCUUCAAAGUGGCUUGGCCUUGCAUUGGGUCUGUCCCAUAACUCUAGAGUUGCUUGUUGUUUUCCCAAGUAUAAACAACAGAAUAAAACUAUCAUAACAAUGAAAUUCUGGUGUAUUUAGUACAUUUUCAAAAGUUUGUCAUAUGCAGGAGAACAUAUCCCUGAGAGAAUACUUGAUUUCUCCUUUAGUAGACACUUAUUCUUAUAGACUUACCUUUUUUGCGAAGAGAUUGGUCUCUUAUUGAGAGAACUUUUUGUGCUGGGUACAGUAAACCCGUCUGAAGGUCUGAGCAGAAGCUAGGGUAUGAGCCUUUUCAUGAUGCCGAAGUGCAUGGAAAUGAACUUAGCACUUACACAAACCUCUGAUUGCUCUUUGUAGAGUGAGAUGAUUCCCCCUCAGAUCCAAUUAUGCUUUAUAUCAGAGCAUUUCCAGGAAAAAAGAAAAAGUUGGUUUUUUCAAAUUGGGCCACCACUCAAGUAUUUUUGGGCAUAAACCUGAAAGCGAUCAUAGGGGAUAUUGUGUAUGAUUACAGUACAGACAAAACAACAGCUUUGGGUUACAUAUAAAAAUUUAAAACUACAUGCAGUCAUGUGCAUAGUACUAAUGUGUAAAGUAUACCAUUACAGAAAAAUGCCCCUGGUGGUGGUGUCGUGUCAGGAUCCAGGAUGAUGGACCAGAGCUUGUCUACUCUAGUGAAGGAGUAUUAUGAACAUGUGGAAGAAAUGCAAAAACAGCAGCAGCUUUAUUGGGUACAAAUGAGAGAGAUGAGACAAAAAAUUGAACGAGUCACUCGGGAAAAUGAAAGGCUGCAUGCAGAGUUGAAAGAGGCUUUUGAGAAGCAACUGGAUGCUCUUCCUGUCGUGUCUCUGGGAGCUGAUAUUCUUGCAGAUGAAUAUAUAGUGAAAAACCUUCAAGAACAACUAAAUCUGGCAAUUCAAGCAAAGGAGCAAGCAAUAGAGCUUUGGCAGACUGUAUUACAGGAGCACGAUCAACUCCAGCAGCAGUACCAGGAAUACCUGACUGAAACAGGGAUUCACAUGGUUGAAAGGCAAAAGCAUAAAGAUCAACUGACUGGCUUUCAGCGGUUGACUCAGCAACUGCAUAUAGCCAAUGAGAAAAAAGAAUCGAGUAAUCAACAGCUUCUGCAAAUUGUAAGAGAACAGAAUGAGGAACUACAGAACCUACAAAAACAACUGAGGCAAGCCAGAAUAGAUGGGCAGACAGCAAAUGCUAAGGUUGAUGAAAUGACCAAAUUGACAAAGAAGCUUCAAAGCCAAUUGGAGAGAAAGGAAGAAAACAUGGUGUUUUCCCGGCAAAUAGAAGAAGCAUUUAGCAGCCGCUUGUAUCAAAUGCAGACUAGGAUAAAACAACUAGAAACAAGAUUACGCAUUACUGUCGAAGAUGCUCAACUGCAGAGAAAAGAAAGAAUAGCCUGGGAGAAACAAAUCGUGGAACUUAAGAGAAAGACUGGUAAUCUAGAAAGGGAGAAGCAUGAUGCUGUUGCAAAAGUCCAAGAUUACAUACAGCUCUUAGAAGAAGCUAACCUACAAAAAAGUCGGGCACUCUCUGGGGAGAAACAAAAGGAAGAGGAUAUAAAAAAAAUGAAACAUGAAAUGUAUCAACUCACGGAAGAUAAUGCUGCAAGAAUUAGAAAGGCAGUAGACAUGGCAAAGAAGCAGUAUAAUGUGCAGAUUUCUCGACUAGAAGGAGAACUUUCAGCUCUUCAGAUGGAAUGUGGAGAAAAACAGGGUCAAAUUGAACGAGCUGUUAGAGAAAAGAGAGCAGUGGAAGCAGAACUUGAAAAGAUUUACAGGGAAGACAGAGGAUGUGAAUCUGACAACAGAAAACUAGAGCAGCUGCAUCAGAAGUACUUACUUGCAGAGACUACUAAAGGUGACCUUCAGCUCACUCUUCAGACAACACAAAAUAAACUGAAACAGCUGGAAAUGAACUUUGAGGAGGAGAAAUCCUGUUGUCAGGAAGUUAUCUCUAAUUUGCAAAGCACCUUGGAAUCGGAAAGAGAAAAGAGUGUCUCUGUCAGUGAAGAAAAUCUGAAGCUUCAGCAAGAGAAUGAACAGUUGCAAAAAGAAAUGGAGAACUUGAGAAAACAGGUCAGAGAGGCUCAACAAAAAGCUAAAAUAAAGAUAAGCACAAUGAAGCAUGAGCGUAUUGUGAAAGAACGUGGAUAUGAAGCUCGACUUAAGGAAAUGGAAGACACCAGUCAGAAGUCUACUGCUGAACUUACACAUCUGUUAUUAGCCCAGCAAAAAGCAACAAAUCAGUGGAAAGAAGAAACAAAAAAAAUUACUGAAACUACAGAAGCCAGGAUCAGUAAGCUAAAGCGAGAGCUAAGUCAACAAAAACUUCAUAGCCAGGAGCUCAUUUCUCAACUGGAAAUUGCAAAUGAAAAGGCAGCCAAGGAUGAAAAAUUAAUGAGGGAAUAUCGAGAAUACAUCAAUAGGCUUCAAAGGCAUCUGAGCCAGGCAGAACAGAGGGCAGCUACAGCAACUCAAAAGUUACAGCUCAGCCUGAUAACAACACAGAAGAAAAAAACUGCUUCCCUGAAGAAGGUGGAAGAUAUAUAAACACCUGUAUUGUUUGUUCACACCAUGUUGGAGCUUAAAGUCAUUCCCCGGCCUGUCUCUGCUCCAUGAGAAAGCUUGAGGCACCUUCUGCAGCCUGAGAUCUGCACUGAAGCCACUCUGAGUGAAGGCAUCAGCCGCCACUGGUGGAGACCCUCCACUGGAGCUGUGACCUUUGCUUUCCAACAAGUGCCCACCAUUCUGCCCUAAGGGUGAGGUAGGACGUGCACCCCGACCUGGGCAGGAGGCCUGUGGAAUGUCCCUCCUUCAAAGAGGCACCCAAAUGCAUAGCAAGGCUUGUAAAACUUAGAUAAACAUUUCCUAGUUUAUUUAGCUAAGAAAGGGGUGGAUCAA